AUGUCGAAGACCAAGGUUUCAUCCAAGGCUGAGAAGCCCACCAAGACCGUGACCAAGGUCAAGGAGUCCAAGGCUUCCCCUGCCAAGGUCACCAAGAAGGUCGCCGCCAAGGACGAGAAGUCCAAGAAGAACAAGAAGAAGGAGCCUACCCCCAGCAGCUCCGAGUCCGAGUCUGAGUCUGAGAGCGAGGAGUCUUCCUCCAGCUCCAGCGAGUCCGAGGAUGAGAAGCCUGCCAAGAAGGAGGCCAAGAAGGUUGUUGCCAAGAAGGAGGAGUCUUCCUCCGAGUCCUCCGACAGCGAUGAGGAGAUGAAGGAUGGCUCUUCCAGCAGUGAGAGCGAGAGCGAGGAUGAGAAGCCUGCUCCCAAGAAGGCUGAGAAGGUCGCUAAGAAGGCCGAGAAGAAGGUUGAGUCUUCCUCCGAGUCUGAGUCCUCCGACUCUGAGUCUGAGGAGGAGAAGCCCGCCAAGAAGGUCGCUGAGGAGGAGUCUGACUCCGACUCCAGCGACAGCGAGUCUGAGUCCGAUGAGACUCCCGCCAAGAAGGAGUCUUCCGACUCUGACUCUGACAGCUCUGACUCCGAGUCCGAGUCUGAGGCCAGCGAGGACACCGCCAAGGUUUCCAAGAAGCGCAAGGCUGAUGACGAGGUCGAGGCCCCUGCUAAGAAGACCAAGACUGAGGUUCCCGAGGGUGCUUCCGCCAACCUGUUCGUCGGCAACCUGUCCUGGAACGUCGAUGAGGAGUGGCUCCAGCGCGAGUUCUCCGAGUUCGGUGAGGUUUCUUGCCGUGUUGUCACUGACCGUGAGUCUGGCCGCUCCCGCGGAUUCGGUUACGCCGAGUUCGCCAACAUUGAGGAUGCCGUCAAGGCCUUCGAUGCUAAGAAGGGUAUUGAGCUUGACGGCCGUACCAUCAACCUCGACUACGCCACUGCCCGCCAGAACAACCAGGGUGGUGACCGUGUCCAGGCCCGUGCCAGUGCCUACGGUGACCAGACCAGCCCUGCCUCCGACACCCUGUUCGUUGGUAACCUGCCCUUCAGCGCUUCCGAGGAUGCUCUGCGUGAUGUCUUCGCCGCCCAGGGCAGCAUCCUUGGCAUCCGCCUGCCCACUGACCCCGAGUCCGGUCGCCCCAAGGGCUUCGGAUACGUCCAGUACUCCUCCGUCGAGGAGGCCCAGAACGCUCACACCCAGCUGGCUGGUACCGAGAUCGAUGGCCGUACCCUCCGCCUCGACUUCAGCACUCCCCGCCCUGCUGGCGGUGACCGUGGUGGCUUCGGUGGCCGCGGUGGUGGUCGUGGUGGCCGUGGUGGUCCCCGCGGUGGCGGUGGCCGUGGCCGCGGUGGCUUCGGUGACCGUGGUGGCUUCGGCGGCCGUGGCGGUGGCCGUGGCGGCUUCGGUGGUGGCCUCAACAAGGCCAAGGGCAGCAUCCCUGAGUUCAAGGGUACCAAGGUUACCUUCUAA